AUGAAUUUUGUCAACUGGGAAUCUUGUCAACUACACUACCCGGUCCAGUGGCCCCCUACACCACCCGGCCCAGUGGCCCGCUACACCACCCGGCCCAGUGGCCCACUACACCACCCGGCCCAGUGGCCCACUACACCACCUGGCCCAGUGGCCCACUACACCACCCGGCCCAGUGGCCCACUACACCACCCGGCCCAGUGGCCCACUACACCACCUGGCCCAGUGGCCCACUACACCACCUGGCCCACUACACCACCUGGCCAAGUGGCCCGCUACACUACCCGGGCCAAGUGGCCCGCUACACCACCCGGCCCAGUGGCCCACUACACCACCUGGCCCAGUGGCCCACUACACCACCCGGCCCAGUGGCCCACUACACCACCUGGCCCACUACACCACCUGGCCCACUACACCACCUGGCCCAGUGGCCCGCUACACCACCCGGCCCAGUGGCCCACUACACCACCUGGCCCACUACACCACCUGGCCCACUACACCACCUGGCCCACUACACCACCUGGCCCACUACACCACCUGGCCCACUACACCACCCGGCCCAGUGGCCCACUACACCACCUGGCCCAGUGGCCCACUACACCACCUGGCCCACUACACCACCUGGCCAAGUGGCCCGCUACACUACCCGGGCCAAGUGGCCCGCUACACCACCCGGCCCAGUGGCCCACUACACCACCUGGCCCACUACACCACCUGGCCCACUACACCACCCGGCCCAGUGGCCCACUACACCACCUGGCCCAGUGGCCCGCUACACCACCCUGCCCAGUGGCCCACUACACCACCCUGCCCAGUGGCCCACUUCACCACCCGGCCCAGUGGCCCACUACACCACCCGUCCCAGUGGCCCACUACACCACCUGGAUCACUACACCACCCGGCCCAGUGACCCACUACACCACCCGGUCCAGUGGCCCACUUCACCACCUGGCCCACUACACCACCUGGCCCACUACGCCACCCGGCCCAGUGGCCCACUACGCCACCCAGCCCAGUGGCCCACUACGCCACCUAGCCCAGUGGCCCACUACACCACCCGUCCCAGUGGCCCACUACACCACCUGGAUCACUACACCACCCGGCCCAGUGACCCACUACACCACCCGGUCCAGUGGCCCACUUCACCACCUGGCCCACUACACCACCUGGCCCACUACGCCACCCGGCCCAGUGGCCCACUACGCCACCCAGCCCAGUGGCCCACUACGCCACCUAGCCCAGUGGCCCACUACACCACCCGGCCCAGUGGCCCACUACACCACCUGGCCCAGUGGCCCGCUACACCACCCGGCCCAGUGGCCCGCUACACCACCCGGCCCAGUGGCCCGCUACACCACCUGGCCCACUACACCACCCGGCCCUGUCGCCCACUACACCACCCGGCCCAAUGGCCCACUACACCACCUGGCCCAGUGA